CCUACUACUACUACUACUACUACUACUACUACUAUGAUCACGUACGUAGCUCGGCGGCGUCCAAUGGGGAGGGACAAGACUCCCCUUAAACCAAUCAGACGCCGCCCACGCCCACACCGCAUGAGACUAUCCGAGGAGGCAGGUGUCGGGGACGUAGCGGCCACCCGUCAGGGCACGCAGGAAGCCAGCCCAAGAGGUCAGCGCCUGUGGCCGGGCGGGGGCGAGGAUCCCACCGAAGGAUCACCGGAGCUGCUGAAGAUAAACACCCACAAUUCGGGACUCAAGACAGGCCGUCAUUUUGACCACGGCCUGGACACCUUCCGCUCCCACAGCAUUGAGAUAGAGAAUGGCUUGCAGAGUCCCUUAGCUUCACACCGCAACGGCCACAUCCCCAACGGCGUCAGAAACGGCUCCCUGGCAGCCCUGCGCGUCCCACCUCACGGCGGCUUCAGGAACAGCUCCGGCGUGGCCUUGGCAGUGCACGGCAGGAGUGAGUUCGACACAGACGCUGACGUGGACAUCGCAACCAUGGCGGCACAGAGGGACCAGCUGAGGGGCGCCAGGAAUGUAAGGGGCAUGAUGGCGCCGGUUAUGAGCAAAGAGGACGAUCCUCGGACUCGCAGUGCAAACCGCAAGAUGCUCCUCACCAAGCAGCGAAGUGAGUCGGUGCUGGAAGGCCAGGACGAGGUGGACGAGAAGGGAGGCAGGCCGCACCCCGCCAUGGAGCAAGAGGACAGGAACCGAGGCGAGGUUUUGGGGGGCAUAAAUCGCAGAGGAACCUUCCCCAAUGGGCAGGGCAAAGUGGGUGGCCUCGGGGGCAUUGCUAUGAGGCCAAUGAGGGACUACCUGGACACCUCGGGCCGUGGAGACAUCAUGGCCCAGUCAAUGAGGCGGCAAAGUUUGCGAGGCUCUAAGCUGAAUCUCUUCGAAGGGAACUACAAUCACUUUGAUUCUAAUGGAGGUUCAAGGCUGAGCAUGGAGAGUUCAGACGAGCAUGUAGGCUUCAGACAGGACGAUGACUCUUACGCUGAAGCCAAGAGGAAGAAUUUACCGAAGUUCAUCCCUAGUUCGCAUGAAGAUAUCCAGAUCCUCAACCUUCAGGGCUUCAUGGACGCUUCAGGCUUCAUGGACGACGGGAGAAGCAGCAGCAGGCGGAAGUCUAAGAAGAAGAGGAUGAAGAGAGCAAUGGAGGGCGGAGACGGAGAUAAGGAGAGAGAGACGUACAAGUUUAAUGCAAAGCCGAGAAGAAAGAGGACACACAGACUCUCCAAGAACCACCUGAGUGAUGACGACGGGGAGAUGGUGCUCAAGGAUGUGGAUGACCUUGACAAGCAGGUGGCGGGGCUGGUGCUAGGACCCGAGACAGGAGGGAAGGAGACAGCAGGCCGCCCCAUCACCCUAGAGGAGGCCAGUCAGCUGAGGAACCUCCUAACAGGGAGUCCUGCCCAGCCACUCUCCACCGAAUGGCUCUCACAGAAUUUUAAACAGAAUGCCAAUCCUAAUUUGUCAUAUGGCAUUGUGCAAAAGAAGGGAGGGCCGUGCGGGGUGCUGGCCUGUGUGCAAGCCUACAUGAUGAAGAGCCUCAUCUUUGGCACCUCCAUCGCACCCACCACUAGUCCAGUCAGUCCCUUGAGGCCCUCACAGAGAGAAUGGCUGUGGUCACUCGCUGUGGCCAUCACGGAGAUCCUGUGGAAGGCUGGACAGGGGGAGAAAGCGAUUCUAGCCAUGCCUGGAUCCUUCGCACACUUCACGGAGCAUGGAGUGGGGCGGUACAGCCAGGACGGGAUGACUGAGAACCUGACGCUGCAUGAGUUCGUGGAGCAGAGGGACCUGUACGACGCAGUGACGCGCCACCUCACGGCCUUCACCUCGGAGACCUCCUCAGGCUGUGUGGUGCUGCUCUACUCCCUCAUCCUCACCAGAGGCAUCGAGAACAUCCAAGGAGACAUGGACCCCGGGGGCGGCCACCUGAUCAACUCCCACGGGUACUCCUCCCAAGAGAUCGUGAACCUGCUACUGACGGGGCGCGCCUUCACCAACACCUUCAACGGGGAGCACAAGCUGGGCGGCAACACACCCCAGCAGGAAUCCAUGGUGCUCAGAGGCAUCACGCAGAAGGCGGAGAUUGGUCUGCUGUCCCUCUUUGAGCACUAUGACUGCUAUAAGGUUGGCACACACCUCAAGACCCCGCAAUAUCCCAUUUGGGUGGUGUGCUGCGAGAGCCACUACAGCUGCCUGUUUAGCCGAGACACCUCCGUCACCUCAGACACUCCGCCCAUCACCACCUUCGACAUCUACUACUAUGACGGUCUGGCCCUUCAGGAGGACGAGAUACGCUUGACCAUCGAACUGUCUGGCGAGGAGAGUGACCUGCCCAUUGUUCCGCCCCUGGAGCACUGCAUCAGGACAAAGUGGAAGGCGGCGGCUGUCAACUGGAACGGCACUGACCCCAUCCUAUAAUCCAUCCUAUAGUCCACUCAUUCUCACUCCUCACUCACCAUCCUCGUUUUUCACUGCUGUCACUUGCUGUCCUUGUUUUUCACUGCUCUCUAUCCUACUGUCUUUGUUUUUUUGUCUUUAUUUUCUACUGCCCUUGUGUUUCAGUGCUCUCCAUCUUGCUGUUCUUGUUUUCCACUCUGUUCUCUGCAGUCUUAAUUUUUCACUGUUCUCCGUCCAUCCAUUGUACAAUCCUGGUUUCAUAUACAAGGAAUUAAUAUAUUAAUGUCAAAACUAAAAGGAUAAAAUCUUUUCUAUAUCACUAGUUCAAUAUGUUGUGGGACAAGGACUAAUAUUCUUAACUUGGUUAUGCUGCAUAAAAAUAUAUAAUAAUAAAGGUAUAUAUAUUU